AUAGUGUGAUGAAAUAAUGUCAGGACAUAGCAAUGUCAUAGUUGUGGUACUAUUUUAGCUGGCCACUCAUAGUCAGAUGAGAGGACACCAGGAAACAAUAAAUACACAACUUGUUCUUCUUCUCCGACGACAUUAGAACCUGCAUUUGUCUUCACAACAAAGAGCAGAGGGAAAUUAAACAAUCAGAAUGUCUUCCGGAAACACUGGACGGAAAAAAAAGGUCACUAUUGCACAGAAAAUCAGAAUGAAGACUGCACUGCUUGCAUACGCAAGCAAGGCUCUGGCCAAGGAAAAACUGGACAGGGAAAAUGAGAAAAAUAAAACCAUUGAACAGAAUGUUCCAGGGCUAAGCAUGACAAAGCUUUCUACAGAAGAACUCCAGGGCCUUUGCAAAACUUUCCAGGAGAAGAUUGAUAAUACUGAAUCGGAGCGCUAUGACAUUCAAAGUAAAGUGACCAAGAAUGAUUCUGAGAUUGACGCUUUAACGCAGACGAUCUGUGAACUUAAAGGCAAGUUUAAACGUCCCUCUCUGCGAAGAGUCAGAGUGUCGGCUGAUGAAAUGUUAGGUGCUCUAGCAGAAAACACAUGCAAAACUUCCAUGGAUCUGAGAUCCAACCUGAAAUCAGUGAGAAAGGAAGAUGAAAAGGAUUACAAGUCAGUUGAAGUCACCGACUGGCGUAAGAAUGUGGAAGAGAUGUCUGGGAUGAAAGGAAGAAAAAAGAUUUUUGAUACCUUUAGUGGUAAUCAAUAAGAGAUGUGUAUCAAAACAAAGCUCUGCCCAACAAGAAUUUGGAAAUCGUUGAGUUACCACCUGGAAUGCAUCCCAAUAAAUUCAGGAAAGAGGCAAAUCUUUAUGAAAAUGAAGACAAAAAUACAAUAAAGUGAUGUGGUCUGUAAAGAGAACAAUUGAUGAAAGACAAGAGUCCAAUUGAUAAGUGAAAAAAAGAACAACGACUUGCACUUAUAUAGCACCCUCCACACAGGGUAGUGUCUCAGAACGCUUAACUUACAAGGUUCAGUAAUGUCUUUAUUAAAUAUCUUUAACAGUCGUCUCUCUAUGAAUAUAUAUGAAAGUGGUAGGGCAGGAAGAGGAGACAAUAUUCCUUUGAGUAAAAAGACCUUUUCAGCUUUCAAACUAAUUAUGAAUUUUCUUUCCAUAGAAAUAAGACCACAUACGUUUCCAUUCGAACCCUUUCUAGUUUAAAACUAAAGGAAUGUGCACCACCAUCAAAUAUUGCCUAAUUGACGGUCUUUUUGUAAUACCUGUAGACUGAUUGAAACCUGUGUUAUAUUCUGCAUUUUGUUGCUGAUAUUCUGCUGAUGUUUUUAAGGAAAUAAGAUGCCACGGGGUAAUAAAUGUGUAGGUCUUUUUGAGAGGAAUUCUCUCGUGUGUAAAAUACCGGAAUUGUCUCUAUUUUGGUUUCAUGUUAUAAUUUCUGCAUGUGGUAAUAAUUCAGUUCAACAAUUCCGAACAAAUCAAGAUGUAAAUCGUGUAAAACUAUAUGGUGCGCUUAAGAGUAGCAACUUUGCAAAAAUCAGAUUUAAAACAUAUGGCUGUUUAGUUUUAUUAAAAGCCUAAUAAUGAUAACUUA